GCGCAAAAAUUCACACGAUAAAUUUUGAAUGGAGGUCUGUGAAACAUUAUCGAUCGCUUAAUAUAUCGAUGUCGUAUUCAAACUAUUCCAUUGUUUCCGGUAAUAUUCAUAGUCAAUAUGGCCGCAGAGGCCAGUAACGGUUGGAGACGUCGUCUUUAUAGAGAGCAUCGAUCCCUUAAUUAAACCGGAUUAAUCGCCGAAGUUGUACUGGAUCGACAUCGAAAAGAUCGCUAUUGCCAGAAUUUAUUAUUAUAUAUGAUAUAGUGCAUGUUCACGCAUGCGUGCGAAAGAGAGGAUAACUCUCCUACCCACGGAAGGUUUGUCCCUCGGUCUCCCUGAUAACGCUAUAUUCUCUUGUACUCUCCACCAAUACAUUCGAGUGUUUGUGUACUGUGUAUAUCGAAAGCGCGUCUCGCGGCGAGUUAUAAAAGCAAUAGUGUGCACAAGAGCGUAAUCUCGUCUGAACGUAAACUCUGUUGAAACGAUUUAGAACGCGGCGGGAAGAGAAAAAACAUCGACGGAGAGUGCGAGAGAGAGAGAGAGUGCGAGAGAGAGAGAGAGAGAGAGAGAGAGAGCCGCGACCCGGGGCUUACCGUGUUCAUAGUGUUCGCGAAUCGUUAAUCGAGGAGGCCUUCACGCGGAGGGAUCGUCGCGUCAACAAUAGUGCGGAGAUAUCAUGCGUCGGCUUAGCAUGAAAAACAAACGUAGAAAGUCCGAGACUACGAGCGAGAGUGAGACGGAGGAAAAUGGCGGCACGCGCGCAGCCAGCGAGAACGCUGGCAAUGGCGAUACGCAAACCGGCAGGAACAACAACUUGUCCGCCACGCGUAGAGGCGCCUCGAAGAGACGCUCGCUGCGCGGCGCACUGGGGCAAAAGCCGGCGGCGCACGCGGAUGACAGCGUCGCGACGGACGAUUCCGAUGUGGAAAAGGAGCGGGAGAACGGCGAGAAGUCUGCUGCCGGUCAAAAGUCCUCGCCUAACAAACGCAGACGGAAGGAGGAUCAGAAAGCGUCCACGUCGGCCCGCGAGGUGGACAAGUCCGGCGUCGAAUACGAGGUAGAGAAACUUAUCGAUGUUCGUGUUAGUAAAGGGAACCGACAGUUUUUGGUACGAUGGAAGGGUUAUGGAGAAUCUGCUGACACUUGGGAAAAUGAGAAGGAUCUGAAUUGUCCUCAAUUAAUAGAAAAGUUUUUAGCUAACGAAGAGGAACAAGAGACAAAAUCGAUAAAAACUGGAUCGACGAAAACAGACAAAUCGAAAAAAUCGAAAGCUUCUCCAAAAAAACAAAAUGAAAAUGACGAACAAAACAAUAAAGACGAUAAAGAAACUUUGAAGGAAUUUGAAGUAGAAAAAAUAAUCGAAGUACGUUUUAAGAAGAAUGGCACGAAAGAAUUUUUAAUCAGAUGGAAAGGGUUCAGUCCGGCCGACGACACGUGGGAGCCUGAGAAGAACCUGAAUUGUUCGGAACUUAUCGCCAAAUUUAUGCAGAAGGUGGAAAAAGCAAAGACUCAGGAAAUGCGCGAACUUAGGACAAACCGAGUGCAUACCAAACGAUACACAUUGUCGACAUGCGAUCAUGGGAGAAGAUUGUCCAAACGUAAUAAAGAUAAGCAAAGGACAACUUAUCACGAGUGCGAUGAAUAAAGAAUGUCAUGGUCCCAGUAUCUGUAUUUUAUUCAAAGAAUUUACUUUAUACAUAUAGUCCGUAGUUUUACAAAAGAGAGAAUUAAGAGCAUUUUGCGAGAGAAAGGAACCAAAAGAAAUAUAUCAAAACAUGAAUAAUUUGCUAUAUAUGAUACUAGAGAUUAUCACAGUACGUGAUAUAUACACAUUCUCUCUUUGAAAAGAUGAAGAGCCAUAUGAAUAAGACAGAGAUGUGUGUGUGUGUAUAUGUGUGUGGAUCGGUCUGUAUACGCGAUAUGCUAUGUACUUUUUUUUUUUUCCAGAAACGUUAUGUAUAAAUUGCAUAUAGAUAAUUGAAUAAGCAACAAUCUUUCAUUUUAAUAUUGUAUUAUUUUUGCAAGAUGAGCAAAUUUCAUACAAAAGAUAUUGUAUUUAAAUAACUUUAUGUACAAUUUUAUGUACAAUAUUGUAUCUUUAUAAGGAUUACAACUAUAAUUUUCUUGGGAGGAAAUCUUAAUUAUUUCAAAAAAUUAAAACUUUGAAUAAGUAUAUAUUACAAUAAGCACAAGAUAUUAGAGAAGCACAAGGCAAUAUUAUAUUGUGAAUAAUUUCAACUACAAAGUACAGUCGGCAAUCUUGUUGAAUCUAUCAUAUUAUAUGCGAAUAGAUGCGUAUAUGUAGAUCUGAGAUAAAGUGAAUUGUUUUGCUGAUUAAAUCUUUCCCCCAUUGAAUAUUUAUUUAAAAUUUUAAUGAAACGUAAUUGUAAUGUGAUAUUCUCCAUGAUAUAUUUUUCAAAGAUUUUUGGAACUAUUGAGGGGAAGGGGGGAUUGAUAGUUAUAAGAAAAUUAAAGAAAAUGCUAGUGUUUAAGAA